UUAGUUGGACGAAGUGAUAACAAAAAGAAAAGCCUGCAUAAAUAUAUAAUUUUCCCAAAACCAAGUACUCAGAGUAUCUCAAAAGUAGACAUUGGGGAAUGGAGAGGAAAGUUGCUGAAAGUAGUGAGAUCUGCAGACAUCUUCAGUAUGACAGUUCCAGAAGUGAUCAAUGAAAUGAGAAAACGUGUGAUUGAGUGCAGUCCAGGGCCAAAUGUGCUGCUGCUUUUAGUAAAGCCUUCUGAAUUCACUGAGAAACAAAGAGAAACAUUGAACUUCAUCCUCACAUUGUUUGGCCCAGAUGCUUUUAAAUACGCCAUAAUAGUUUUUACACAUGAAGAAGGAAGAGAUUGUGCUUCUCAGCUGCUUUCUGACUGUGGAGGACGAUUCUAUGAGAUGUUCAAUGAAAACCACAGUCAAUUAAUGGAUAUGAUGGAAACUUUGGUUCAUAAAAAUAAUGGAUCUUUUGUCACAUUGAUCAAUGCUUUUACUGGAGAAAAAAAAACACAUCUAAACUUAGUUUUUUGUGGAAGACAAGGAUCAGGGAAGACAUCUGUGGCUCAAGCCAUUUUAGAUGACGCAGCAUGUCAUCCAGCUAAAAGCCCAUCAAAGUGCAUAGUGCAUCGCGGAACUGUGUCCGGAAGGAUGGUGUCCAUCGUGGAGCUGCCAGCGCUGUCUGGAAAAACCCAUAAGGAGGUGAUGGAGGAGUGUUUGCGCUGUAUCUCCAUGUGUGAUCCAGAUGGGGUCCAUGCUUUUGUCAUGGUUUUACCUCUAAAAGCUCUCACUGAUGAAGACAAGGCUGAGUUUAAAACAGUCCAGGGCACCUUCAGCUCCAGGAUCAAUAACUGUACUGUGAUCCUCUUUACAGUGGAGUCAGAUCCCAAGAGCAAUGCUGUGGCUGAGUUUGUUACUCAACAUGAGGAAAUCCAGACCCUCUGUGAAAGCUGUAGAGCACACAUCUUUUUUAACAUCAGCGACAAAACACAAGUUCCUCAAGUGUUGGAAAAAUUAGAAAAGUCUAAGGACUGUUACACAAUGGAAAUGUUUGCAGAGAUUCAAAUAGAAAGAUUUGCUCAAAUGACUUCUUCUGAAACUCGUGGCAGAAAGAGUGAGAAGACUCUUCGGAUUGUUCUGAUUGGAAAGACUGGCAGGGGCAAGAGCUCCUCUGGAAACACCAUCUUAGGAAGAAAUGUAUUCAAAUGUGACUUUGGUCAAAACGCAACUACCAAGAGUUGUGUAAAAGAGCACAGCAAAUUAAAUCACUGUUAUGUUGAUGUAGUGGACACCCCUGGUCUGUUUGAUAUGAGCAUGUCCAAUCACGACAUCAAUGAGGAAAUGAUGAAAUGCAUCAGUCUUUUGUCCCCAGGGCCACAUGUCUUUUUGUUGGUGCUGGGAAUCGACAGGUUCACCCCAGAGGAAAAUGAGACCCUGAACCUGAUCAAGAAAGGUUUUGGAAAAGACGCACAAAAAUAUACAAUAGUUCUUUUCACCCAUGGAGAUGUGUUGGAGAAGAACAACACAUCCAUUGAAGAUUUUAUUAACAAAAAAUGUGACAGAUUGUGUCAGAAGCUUAUCUCUGACUGUGGGAACAGAUACCAUGUCUUUAACAACUGGGAUGAGAGUCAUAAACAAGUACAAGUGGAUGAACUGAUCCAAAAGAUUGAGGCUCUGAUAGAGGAAAACGGAGGAAACUGCUACACAAACGAAAUGCUUAAAGAAGCUGAGGCCGCCAUUCAAGAAGAAGUGCAGAAACUGUUGAGAGAAAAGGAGGAAGAGCUGAGGCGAGAAAUGCAACAAAUGAGAGAUAAACAUGAACGAGAGAUUCAAGAAAUCCAAACAAAGAUGGAAAAAGACCAUAAGGAAACUGAGAAAGUGAGGGAAGAGAAGGACAGGGAACUACAGAAAAUGAAAGCUCAGAUUAGAAAAGAUCGGAAGCAAUGGAAGAAGAAUCAGAAAAAGAAAGAGGAGGAAUAUAGAAAAGAAAAACAAAUGGAAGAAGAAAAACGACAAGAAUAUGAACUGAAUUUUGAUUUAAAAACUCAAGAGACCAAAGACAAAAUUCAGCAGGAGAGGAAAGUCUGGGGAAGAAGAAAGGAGGGAGCGUGAAAAACAA